UUUUUUUUUCAGUACUACUUAAUACUUUUCUUAGGAGUAGUUACUACCAAUGGGAAUGGACACUUUAGCAGACAACCUCGUGGAACCUGGGGACAAAGCUCCGGUGGAAUGAAUGGUGGUAAUGGUGGAGGUUCUGCCACUAGUUAUGUGCAGACUUAUCUAGGGACAGUAACUUAUCAAGGAGCCGGUGGAGCUAAAGGUGGUGGAGGAGGAGGUGGUUAUGGUGCGAGUGGAGGAGGCAACGGAUGGCAGAGUGACAGCAACGGUGGAGGAGGAUUCGGUGGUGAUGGACAUACAUACGCAAGCUUUAGUACUGGAGGUGGAGCGGAUCAUGGAAGUAGUUCUGGAAACGCUUUAGACAGCAAUGGAUGGGAUCAGCAACAAGGUGGUGGUGACCACGGAUCCUCUGGAGGUCAGCACUACGGAGGUGGCUCCGAUCAAGGAAGCGCUGGUGGCAAUGGAUGGGAUCAACAACAAGGUGGUGGAUCCGGUGGAUAUCAUUAUGGAGUAGGUUCCAAUCAAGGCAGUAGUGGUGGAAGCGGUUGGGAUCAGCAACAGGGUGGUGGUUCUGACUAUGGAAGCAGUGGUGGAAAUGGGUGGGACCAGCAACAAGGCGGUGGUUCUGACUAUGGAAGCAGUGGUGGAAAUGGGUGGGACCAGCAACAAGGCGGUGGUUCUGAUCACGGAAGCAGUGGUGGAAAUGGGUGGGACCAGCAACAAGGAGGUGGUUCUGAUUAUGGAAGCAGUGGUGGAAAUGGGUGGGACCAGCAACAAGGCGGUGGUUCUGAUUAUGGAAGCAGUGGUGGAAAUGGGUGGGAUCAACAACAAGGAGGUGGUUCUGGUCAUGGAAGCAGUGGUGGAAUCAGUUUGAUUCUGCAGCAAGGAGGUGACACAGACCACGGAAGCAGUGGUGGAAAUGGAUGGGGUCAGCAAUAUGGAGGUGGUUCUGACCACGGAAGCAGUGGUGGAAAUGGAUGGGGUCAGCAACAAGGAGGUGGUUCCGGCGGUCAUCACUACGGAGGUGGUUCUGAUCAAGGAAGCAGUGGCGGAAACGGUUGGGAUCAGCAACAGGGAGGCGGUUCCGAUGGAGGCUACGGUCAAGGUAGCAGUGGUGGGAGCGGAUGGGAUCAGCAGCAGGGUGGAGGUAACAAUGGAGGUGGCAGUCACACAAUUAUCAUCCAACAACCAAAGUUCCAGAAAACUAUCAAAGCCUUCCCUGUGUACAAGGCCCUCAAGGUACCCGUGCCACAUCCUGUCAAAAGCCCUUUUAUUGUACCCUUUCCGGUGAAGGUUCCUGAACCAUUUGCUCUGGAAAUACCGUUCCCAGUACCAGUGGAAAAGAUAGUACAAGUGGCUGUGGAGAAGAAAGUCCCAUUUCCUGUCGAGAAACCAGUUCCGGUCGAAGUCGUGAAAACUAUCCGAGUUCCAGUACCAAAGCCAGUCCCAGUCCCUGUACCUGUGUACAAAAUAAAAUACAUCAUCCACACAAAGAAGUCAAAGGGAUGGUGGAACUGAAAAUAUGAGCCAAAAUAAUCGUUGUUAAUAUUUUUGUAUUUUGUACAUUAUGCAAUCAUUGUAAAGACUGAUGAUCUAUCUGAUUAUGUGAUAUUUUUGUAUACUUGUUAAAGAAUAAAAUGUUUA